GGCGGAGGCCGGAAGCGGGCGGGAGGGCGGCGCGGCGAUGGAGGCGCCCUCGGUGCCGGCCGCCUCGGCGUCGGGCGCGGCGGGGCGCGGCGGGCCCAUCAAGGGCAUCCUGAAGAAGGGCGGCGGCAAGUUAUCGGCGGGGGGAGCGGCCCCCGGGGCGCGGCGGGCCAGCCCGGCCCGCGACGAGGAUGAGCACGGUAAAAAAUCCCAGAAGUGGGAUGAAAUGAACAUCAUAGCUACAUACCACCCAGCAGGAAAAGAUUAUGGCUUGAUGAAAAUAGAUGAGCCAAGUACGCCUUAUCACAGCAUGGUAGGAGAAGAUGAUGAGGAUGCAGUGAGUGAUUCAGAAUCAAAUGAGCCCUUAAGAGCAGAUGUGUUGAGUAAAAAACUGGCAGCUGCAGCUGAAGGCAAAGGACCGAAGAUUAUAGCACAGCAAGAGGAAAGCAGUGAGGAGGAGGAAGAGGAUGAAGAACUAACACCUGAAGAACGAGAGAAAAAGAAGCAGUUUGAAAUGAAGAGAAAAAUGCACUACAAUGAAGGACGAAACAUCAAACUGGCAAGACAGCUCAUUGCAAAAGAACUACAUGGUGAAGAGGAGGACGACGAUGAUGAGGAUGAAGAGAUGCACGAUGCUGCAGGUGUAGAAACAAUGAAUACAGAAGCUACUGAACAUGCUGCCAUCUCUCUGCACUCUGCUGUAAAACAGAGGCAACUCCGCUCCCCAGCUGCAUUCUCCAGUGGAAAGAAGGCACACCUUUGCAGCAUUUUUCCAUCUCUAUUGUUGAAGUCCAUUCCACCUUGCCUCAUAACCAGCUUCAGAGCCACAACUGACUGAGAUUUCUUGCUGAUUGAAAUGAAAAUGGCGAGCCCAGUCAGCGAUGCACAUGCCUCUCGUGACCAGCUGGAAAGUAGAGCACACAGCAUAGAAGAAAUCUGUCCAGAACUGUAACUGCUUGUCAAAGACACAAAUAUAAACAUCGCUUCAUGAUUUUUGCAAUUAAGGCUCUUAAAUACCGAGAAGCAUAUCAGCUACAAUGUUUUAUUGCCAAGAAUGUUAAUUUUAGACUUGUCCAUUAGGCAGAAAAACCUGUCUAAUUGAUUUAUUCUUGUGCCUAGUAUUUCAUGGAGAAUACUGCUUCAUAAUCUGUUCAACCAGAAUGGCAUUCCCUGUAUGUAUAAUGCUGAUUAUCUUGCGUAAUGUACCGUUACUCUUCAUGCUUUAAAACAGACAGUAUCUUUUGGUUUUUCACUAUUUAUUUGACAGUGUUAUAGGUGUAUCUGUUAUGGAAAGGUUUGGGAUUCAAGAGCCAAACGGUACGGCAUAUAUCACAUUGACAUGCAAGCUAUUUAUCAGAUGUGUUAAGCAGUUUAAAAAGGGAUUAUUUAAGUCUUACAACUUUUUUGUAAAAUGUUGACCUGUUAAUCUAGAUUUCAGUACGUUUUUACCUGUACUUUCCCAGUCUUUCCAAGAAGAGCUGUAUUAUUUUUUAAGAGUGGUGUCUGGAAUCAGUCGUUAGCUUCUGACUAAGGCAGUAUUGAUGUCUGGUGGAGGGAAUGUUUUACACUGAAAAUGUGCUAACUUGAACUUUGCAUUUAACUGUCAUUCUCUCUUCCAUCGGGACUGGGUUUUGUGGAGCUCUCUUUGGCUUACCGUGAGAAGUGGAAAUUCCCUCCAACUUUUCUCUUAAAACCACAUCCACCGUCGCUCUGCUGGCUCUUGUUUCAAACUUUUGGUCCUUUCAGUUGCAUGAAGAGUGCUUGUGCUACCUGAGGAAAAACACCCACCUGUGAGCAAAUCCACAUCCGGACUGGGAAGAUAAAGCGGAGUUUAGGCUCUGGCUGUUCUUUUAUAAAGAUAACUGCUGAUGAUCUCCUACUCAUUUGGGGUUGGUAACCUGCAUACUGAAAACCACUGGUCUGAACCUUCCUGUAUCUAUUGCAUGUUACAGUAGCUGCUUUUGUAAAAUGAAGGCUGUUUGGAAGAAUAGAAGGGAGACUGCCUAAUUCAAAUCCUUGCUUAUGGUGUGGUUGUAUAGCCCCUAUAAAGAGGGAUUCUGAACCUCCAAGUUGCUGUAAACAACUUCUCACUCGGUGGAACUUGACUGGUGAAUGUUCCAGUAUUCAGAGUUGUUCCUGGUUUUACUACACAAAUGAAGUAUACACUUAAGCUUUAGCUCGGUUAUAGAAUACAGUGUAUAUCUUAACUUUGAUCUGAAUUUGAUAUGUUGCAAAAAUCCAUAUAAUUAUAUGGAUCUAUUUUAAAAUGUCUUUUUGUCCACUGUAUAUGUGAAGUUUGAAUAAAGGAAUGAAAGUUAUUUUCCAGUUA